ACAAACGCACCCAACCGCUUUAUGUCUGUCUCCUUCCCAGACCAAGCCCCAUUCUCUCUCUCUCUCUCUCUCUCUGUUUUUUUAUCUCCAAGCAGUUCUUGUACCGGCACCGACCUGUCGGGAGUUGAUCAAGGUUCAGGAAAAAGAAAGACUGUGCCAAUUAAUUCUAGGAUAAAGAAAGUUCAUACAUGACGACUGUUACCUCUCUUACACCUGCUAGGUGAAUUUUCUCUGAUCUAUACCCAGGUAAUGUCCUUCCUAUGAGUGGUUGUGCUCCUAAUCCUUCCUCUGCUUCCUACCAACAAUUGUUCUGAUAGCCUAUUUCUAUUCAUGAGAGGGUAGAGUGAGUAAUCAGCAUCAAUUUCAUAUCCAUAUUUUAUUAAUUAAUCUUGUUUUUCUUGUCAUGCCUUCACUUUUAUUGCCUCCUCUUUGUCUCUUUGCCUCAGAAUGGGAAGCAUGCCUCUCAAUUUUAGUGGAGAGAAUAAUCUUUUAGGAGAUGAAUGCAAGUGAGUGAAUUAAUGGGUGUUGUUGACUUACCGAGGUGAAGGAGACUUUGGGUGCAAGUAUAUGUUCAUUGUUGUCUACACCAGGUUUUAUAGAAGGUUGUGAUUUUCUAGCAGAUUCCAGCUCCAGGACAUAAUUUAUCCUUAUCAGGUGGCAGCUAAUGGGGCAAAGACAUUUAUUCAGCACAUCCCAAAUGUUUGAGAAUGAGCAUGAUCAGAACUGGAAUCAUAUGCAUGCAACAGAGCAACAUUUUAUGCAUCUUGGAGAAGCAGCAACAUACUACUGAGUGUCCCACUAAACCUAUUGAUAAGUCACAUGCGCUGCUUGUGGAAGAGUUGAAAGUUUAUUCCAGAUGCGAGAAAAGUAAGACUAUCCCUGGUGCUACAUGUCAAACAUAUGAUCUUAACUCAGCCAGGGCUGGCACUUCAGAAAAUGGUUCUUUCUUUUAUCCUGUGGAAAAUAUGUCUGUAGAUGGAGUGCAUUUUACCUCUCACUGGAGCCCUGCACCAAGGUCAAUUGGGUAUCCUUCCUCGAGUCACAAUGUGGAAGUACCACCUUAUCAACCCGAUCCUCCUGGCCCAUCGCAUGAGCCUUUUGCUCAUCUGUCACCUGCUGGAACAUUCUCUACAGCUCCAGAUGCUUAUGCACAACAUGCAUCUUCUUCUAAUUAUGACAGGCAGCCAUUCCAUUGUGUUGAGGGCAGUUUUAUUGAUCUUACAGUGGGCAGCGGAAGGGGGCCUCACAAGCGAAAAAGUCCUGGAAACCCUUCAGUCUGUGAGAGAGGUAGUACAAGCAGAUACUACAAUGCCGGAAGUUCCUCUGAUCUUCCAAUAUCUUCUGAACUACGGCUGGAGAAACCAAAUAUAGAUGCUCAGCAUCUGCCUUGGGAUCACAUUACCAUGGCUCCUGGUUAUAGAGGCAGUGGCCUUUCAAUUAGGGUCGAGGAUUCUUUGAGGAAUGUGAGAAGCCGAUCUGCACUGGAUUUGGAAUCAAACCUUGCUAGGACCCAUUUGUCAAGCAAUCCUUCGCACCCUUCUUAUUCUGCUAGCCACCCCAUUGAACAUUCUAGCACUGUGGAUCCUCUGGUUCAGGGUUCUAAUUCUUUGACACGGGAUUGGAGUCAUAUUAGCGUGUCUCCUGCUCCUGGAAGGGUUCUAGUUUCAGAUACAAGCAGCUUCAAUCAUGAGUCAAAUCAGCUCCUCAUGGGAAGCGGUGCCAGUAACUCUUCUGCUGAGAUUGGGGGAUACCAUCAUGAUUUUGUUACAAGCAGAAAUACAGUUGCUCCUCAAAGUUUUCAUGCUAACUCAACCCAAUCUGUGAGAGGAGUUCGUAGUAGCUUUACUCAAAGAUCUGGCCCAACUUUCAGGGCUUCUUCAAGCAGCUUACGCCUGGGACAUGUGGCACCUUCAGAUGAAGGACUACAGUUGGUAGCUGAAAGUCACUCCUCUAGACAUCCAAGGCCAUUAUCCACCAUAGGGUGGCGUAAUGGUGAUAGGAAUGGGAGGUCAAGGAUAUCUACUGAAAGAUAUCGAUCCUUGCCUGACGAGGCAGGUCUCCAUGAACGAUUUUCAUCUGAGGGUUUUAUGAUUGUGGAUCGCUCUGCCAUGUAUGGGUCGAGAAAUAUGUUUGAUCAGCAUAGAGACAUGAGGCUAGACAUAGACAACAUGGGCUAUGAGGAACUUCUUGCACUAGGGGAAAGAAUAGGGAGUGUGAGCACAGGUCUGUCUGAAGAUUUAGUAUCAAAGUGUGUGAUUGAAACAAUUUAUUGUUCGUCGGAUCAAACCCAAGAGGAAGCAACUUGUGUGAUCUGCCUGGAAGAGUACAAGGAUAUGGAUGGUGUUGGGACUCUGAAAAGUUGUGGCCAUGACUACCAUGUUAGCUGCAUCAAGAAAUGGUUGUCUAUGAAGAACCUGUGUCCAGUCUGCAAAGCUCCUGCUCUGGCUGAUAAUACCAAGGACAAAUAACUUAUCAAUGUUGCUUCUUGUCAGUUAUCACUAUGUUUUCAUUCUUGUAUAUAAAUGUAUGUUUGGAGAUGAUCCUCUUCUAGAGGGAACACAUUUCUUUUGCUAGCCUAUGCCAAUCCAUUGUUUCUGGCUUCCAUCUUAAUUAUGUGAAGCCUCUAAUUUCCUUGUUUUUUGACUUUUUUUAUUCAAUUCAAAAUUAUUACCCCUCUCA